CUGUCAUCAGCAAAUAACAGCACUUAAUAGCUCUACCACUUGUCAUCUGAAAUACACUGCAAACGUUAAGCUGAAAUAAGGAUUAUGUCUGCCAGAGCUCUUGCUCAGAUCUGGGCUCCACAGAAGAUUUUGAGGGAGGCUGCUAUUAAUAUUCUGGAGUGCAAAGUCUGCUUUGAGAACUAUAAACAACAGCAACAUCUAAGAAGGCCCCAAAACUUACGCUGUGGACAUGUAAUCUGCCAACAGUGUGUUUCUUCACUAACUGACUCACACAAUUUGACACUGGAGUGUCCUUUCUGUCGUCAGAGCUGCAGAGUAACUGAAACCAGUGAAUGCCUGCCUGUACUAUGCCUAGUGGAGAUUUUUCAAAGCUCAGUUCAUAUUCCAGAAGAAAACAGUGAUAAGAAAAAAUAUACUAGUGCAUCUGGACAGGAAAUUGCAAAUGUAAAGAUGAGCAGUGCCUUUGGAGGGUGGGGGGAAUUGUUCAACCCGACCAGUGUGGCCUUUUGCCCAAGAUCUAGGACAGUGGUAAUUGCACAUGAUGGUAGAAAAAGAGUCAGAAUCUUCAACAUGAGAGGAGAAUGCAUCUUGCAGUUUGGACAUAAAGGACAUUCUAGGCAUGAUAUCAACUAUCCACUUGGUGUCUCAUUCACACUUGAUGGAUAUAUACUUGUGGCAGAUGGAGGAGACCGCUCCAUCAAAGCUUUUAAUAUUGAGGGCAAGAAUGUACUGGUUGUGAGAAAACAGUUCUGCUUACCAUGGGGUGUGGCUGUUAACUCUGCCAAUCAAAUGCUAGUAACUGAUUCAGAGGCGGGGACCUUGAGCCUGCUGGAGGCUAAUUUUAGGACAGGGGAAGUGAAUCAGAAUGAGAAGGUUCUGACCAACCUAUGUCACCCAAGGGAGGUUGCAGUAUCCCAGACUGAUGGCUGCAUUAUUGUAGUUGAGCACUUAUUAGCCAGAGCAAGCAGUUGUGGUAUGAGACUGAAGUUGUUCAGCAACAAAAUGCAGCUGGUUGGUCAGAUUGACAGCUUUGGCAUCAGCCUACUGUUAUCCCCUGAGCUGUGUGUGUCUGCUGUAUCAUUUGAUUGGGAGGGAAAUGUCAUUGUUGCAGACAGAAUCAACAGGUCGGUAUUGUGUAUAAGUACAUCGAGUGAGUUCCCUUCCUUCAAAAAUAUAAUUCAAGAGGGAUUGGUUAAUCCAGUUGGAUUGGUUUCAACAGGAGAAAAAACCCUCAUUGUGUUGGACAGUGGGGACCAUUCAGUCAAAUUAUACACAGCUGGUUACUGAUUAUUACCUUAGCAAUUAAACUGGCAGUAUUUGUUGGUAAAACCACUCUAGCCAAAGCAAUUAUAGCAUCAGAAGAUGAGGUAGAAAAAAGUCUCCUCAUAUGUUUUUUGGUAAUCUUUUUAUUCUAAAGUGUCAUUCAUUUGCUGCUUUUGUGAUAAUCUCUUUCCAGCUGAAUGGUGGUGGUGGGGAAUGGGGAUCCCACAGAGUUCCAAACCCCAAGAAACAGGCCAUUUGUGAAGUGCAGCGGCUCAAGGACUUUUGCUUACAGCACUUGUAUCCCAGGUUUGGGAAUGAUAGACUAAUUACUUAAUAGAGCUCUACUGUGAGGCAGGAAUACAGUGUUUACUGCUGUAGUCUUACAACCAACUGGUUACAUUUAUGCCCCUACUUUUAUUACUGUACUCUUGCAGGCUACAGAGGAAGGCAGCAGGGGUGGUAAAGCCUGGUUAGUAAUAUACCAGCCAGUCUCCUGAGCAUACACACGAUCAUAAAUUAAAUAAAUAAAUCAUCUCAUCACCUUUCUCUGAAGUGGAGCUAACUACUGACAGAAGAAUUAAGUACACGUGACUCUUCCUUGAAAGAAAACAUUUGGGUAACAGGACUGGAAAAUGACUUCUUCGGGAUAGGGAUGGUAUGGUUAGGAUACCAGUAAGAAGGGGGAUGGAUGUCGGUCAGGUGCAGCUUAAAUUCUCAUUUUUGGACACAGAGCAUAUACUUUGUUGACCGGGUUAGUCCCACUAGGCAAAUGGCCUCUUUUCAGGGGAGAUCUAAGGUGAUUUUUAUACUAGAGGAAAUUUGAUCAGGGUAUCAGGAAAUUUCACCUAGUCUUUUUAACAGGUGCUGCACAGACACAUCAGCUACUACCAAUUCAAGCAAAUUGGACCUUGGUUUAAUAUCUUAUCUGAAGGAUAAAACAUUCAGGAGCAUAACACCUCCCUUAUAUUGCAUUGCAGUGUCAGCAAUCUAUCUACCUGGUGUAGGAACAGAACCCACAGCCUUCUGCAACAAAAGCAAGCAAGCUGCCUGUUGCACCACUGGCACUGCAUGGCACAUGUCACUGCAUAAAUAAAUUUGUCAAGUGAAGUUGCUUUAUGGCAUGUAUCGGUGUUGGUAAAGAUUGUUUUACUGAAAAAAAGGCAUGAGGAAAAUAGAUGCGAGCAAAGCUGCCUCAGAUGAAAUCAAAUAAACAUCACUGCAAACAGGUAGAAUAGCUUAGAAGUUGAACAGUAAAUUUGGAAACAAAAGACUUUAAUUUCAAACCCUUGUAAAGUUAAAUGUCUUGUUCAGAUUUCUAUAUCAUUAUUUAUCAUUAUAGUAGAUUUCACCAUUGUAUUUCGGCUAAAGUGUAUCUUACUGAGUAGGGUGAGUCUUUAUUACGUUCAUGUUAAAUUUCAGUUUCAACUGAUUAAAAGUACAACUUAAGGUUGCUUUGCUGUACACGAUUCAGCUGACUUUCUUGAAACUCUUCCUGAUGGGCUGUUUUUACCUUUUAGUAGUUUCUGUUCAGGGAAUGUGUGAAAAUGGAAUUUUAACAUUGAACAGUUUUAUGUCAGUUGAAUCACUUACUAUAAUUAAGUGUUCAGUGUGUGACAUGAAACCUCUCUAGAAAUUAUAUAUUCUAAUGUGGAUUGGUUAUCUUACAUCCCUCCCCAAAAAUGCAGAAACAGUUAACUCUUGAAUCAUUCUGUUUGUGAAAGCAGUUUAGACUUUUCUUUCACUUUUUUAAAAUUAUGUUGACAUUAAGCAGCUAAUGCAUAAAUAAAAGCAUGUAUACAAAUACUCAUCA